UUUCGCGACGACGUGUUAUAAAUGGCACAAACAAGUAUCAGGCACCGUUCUCUCCACCACUCUACCUAUACCCCAACCUCCACGCCAACAGCUUGCACGGUGCCGUCAGCUCGAUUUGCCAAGUCCUCGGCAUUUCAUGGGCAGUCCCCGCCGCAAUCCUUCAGAUUUAGUUUCUCGGCUCAAGGGUCCGUCGCCAUUACCCGUUCAGCGCGGGGGGCAGCAACCCAAGAUGCGAUCUUCAUCCAUAUCCGCGAUACCCACCCACUAUUAUGUGCUCUUUGCCAUAUAUGAACCGUGUCUGACCACGAUCGGCUUUCUGGGCGCGUUGAUAGAUCCCAAAGCUACCCAUGAUUCCCAAGCCCCCUGGCCGAAGUGUGUGAGAAUUUCCGGAUGUAUGCGCACAUACCGAGCUUGAUUUUCACAGCGGAAUCGCUCCUGAUGGACUAC